AUGAAACCGCGGGAACAUCUUCAAAUAAACCCCCACGGUAAAGAUGCAUUGAUUGAGUCAGCACGGACAUACAUUGAACGAUGCUUGAAUGCUGGAGCCAUCACUCUUACACAUCUAGAUAGGAUAGAGGAGAAAAUGCUGGAAGAUUUUGGCUACUCUUCCUUUAAUAUGAUGGGCUAUGGAAGAUUUAUUGAAUUUUUGCUCCUUGAAAUUAAACAGUUAUUAGAAGAAUGUGGAGGUUUAUCACUUGGCUCAGGAUCAGGAGGGGUAGAGGCUGACUCCGCCUUUAAACCACACCUUACUGACCUAAUUGAUUUCAUCAAACAGUGCAAACAAUGUGGACAAACAGAGCCGGAUCAGAUAAAGGAAGCACUAUGUAACCAGUACAAUGUUAAGGAGGUACGUCACCUUGGUUACGGGAAUAUAACACGCCUACUUAGCUACGCUGACAAACAUGGUGGACAUACACAUGGGGAAUGUUCAGUAUCAUAUGAGUCUACUUUAGUUCAGUCAACAGGACAACAGGCCAGUUCCAUCUCUAAAGUUGGAAUACUCGGACAUCAAACCAAAGAUGCUGCCAAGAUCUGCUUGCACAACUGCCCCCUACUGGAGAACCUGGCUGACUGGAGUCAGUGGAGUCUGGUGUUUGAGCCUGAACUUGGCAAGCUGAAAGAUUUUAUACUGAAAUACGGGGGAGUUACAACAAAAACUUUAGAAGGCGGGAAACUUGCUACCUUUGAUAUUCUGGCAUUGGAAUCAAGACCGGGUGAUUAUUUGAAGAUAGUAUCAACAACAUCACCAGACCAUGUGGUUGCAGCGCUGGAACAGAAGGAUGCCAUAGAAACUGCUGGUCAUUUAGUGUCCAUGUCUGUGGCAUAUAAAGGUGUUGAAAAUAUGCCCCUGGCUCUCCUGUCUGGACAUGUUAAAACAGCUUUGUUACAAAUGCAUUCCGAUGAUUCCUCAAGUGAUACUGCUCUAGGAAAAACAGGAGAUUCUUCCCAGCACAAAGCAGUCACUUUUGUUAAGAAGUGUUUGUUAACUAUACCAACGAAAGUCUGUGUUGCCCUUGCCAACCAGAUAUUCCUUGAUCCUCUUGGACAGGUUGUAGGAUCGAGCAAGUCCAAGCAAUUACUUAUACAGUUGUGCGAAACCACCACCGAACAGAAUAGACUUGUGCAGCUUGGGUGUUUACUUGGAAUACAUGAAUGGACGGACAUGAUUCAGCAGAAAUGUAAACUUUCAGCAUCAUCCAUACAGAUUUUACCUCCUGAAGUUGAAGAGUUGUUUGGAGAUGUCACUGUAGAGGAUGAGGACGAAGAUGUAGAAAUGUAUAUGGAAGAUGGUGAAGAAGAUGUGGACGAGAUUCUGGCAGGAGAUCUAUGUAAUGACAAGAAAAAGAUGUCCAAAACAGAUGCAGAAGUUAAGAAGAUAGCAAAAUCAAAUGUUGAAGGUGAAGAUGAAAGUGUUGAUAUGAUAGAAGAAACUGUUGAAGGCGUUAAAUUAGAGGGAUUUGACACUGAACAAUGUGAAGAUAUUGUAAAGCAGAUACGUAAAGAUGAGUUUGGUGUGGGUGUACAUCUUAGUGAAGACGGGCAAAGACUUAUGAAGAUUCAACAAGAAAGACUAGGAAGAAGUUUAGAGCGCCUGUCUAAAGAUUUGUACAGCAAAGACACACACUUUGUCCUGGAAUUAGUUCAGAAUGCAGACGACAAUAGUUACCAUGACAACCUGCUUAACAACACUACAGAUGAAUGUCCGUCUGUGAAAUUUGUCAUAGGGCAUGAUGGGAUAAAUGUCCUAAAUAAUGAACUAGGAUUUAGUGAAAGAGAUAUAAGAGCUUUGUGUGAUGUUGGAAGAAGUACGAAAGGAAAACAUAAAUUUGGAUACAUUGGACAAAAAGGUAUUGGUUUCAAGUCAGUGUUCAGAAUAACUGAUGCGCCAGAGGUACAUUCAAAUGGUUUCCACAUUAAGUUUGAUGUCAACAGCGGUCCUAUGGGAUAUAUACUGCCUCACUGGAUACCCGGUGAUGAAAGAAUUGAGCAGGAUAUAUGGAUGACUCAUAUAGUAUUGGGGUUAAAGCCAGAAAUGAAGGCACAGACGCGAACCUUGGCUGCGAGGUUCAAUGAUAUACACCCAUCCCUUCUCCUCUUCCUGCACAGACUUAGGGAAAUAACUAUAGAAAACAAGGGUGAGAACAGUGUACAGAUGAUGAGGAGACGAGAUAUAGGUGACAGUGUUGUAGAAAUACAACAUUCACAUGGCAGUGAACGAUGGCUGGUUGUUAAAAAAAUGUUAGAUGCCAGAAAGAUUUCUCUACAGGCCAAGUCAGGAGCUGAUGUGGAAUCCACAGAAAUAGCCCUAGCAUUUCCUCUAAAACAAAACAGUGAGCAAAAUCUGCAGACUAUGCCACCAAAGCAACCAGUGUUUGCUUUCUUGCCACUAAGAAGUUACGGGUUCAGAUUUAUCAUACAAGGAGAUUUUGAUGUACCAUCAAGUCGUGAAGAUGUAGACAGAGACAGUCCAUGGAAUCAGUGGCUGAGAAAUGAAAUACCCAUGGCAUUUAUUGAUGCCCUUGAUGCCUUUAAGACACAUCAAGAAUUUAGCAGUAUAGAAGCAGUGUGUAAAUUUCUUCAGUUUGUUCCUAUGGAAGAUGAGGUCCUUGAUUUUUUCAAACCAGUUGCGUCGGACAUUCUGAAGAAACUGCGGGCAAAACCUUGUGUGCCUACACAGCCUAAUGAUCAAGGUGCUAUAAGUUGGAAGAUCCCCUCACAGACAGUGAUCAUCAGGGACCCGCUGGUACAUAAAGUGAUUACAGCUGAUCUACUACAGACCCACUUGAACCUGUUUUACCUGCAUAAUGAUGUGGCCUCAAUACUGAACCAGAGUUUGAGCUCUUGUCUAGGCAUUGAGACCUUGACUUUUGACCAUUUGUUUCAGCUUGGAAAAGCCCUUGUAGUGGAUAUGGGAAACACAUGUACAAAGGAAGAAGAUGUAGUGCUGAUAGCACAGUGGAUGGCAUGUUUGUAUCGUAGCUUGGAUGAGUUUCAUCAUGAAGAUACCAUAUUAAACACACUGAAGUCAUGUCGUAUAAUGCCCUUGGCCAGUGGAGAACUUGUAGCUUUAAAAGAUAAAACAGUUUUCUAUCCUGAAGAUAAUACCACGAAAAAGAAAAAGCCUUCUGAGACGUUAUCCCUGAUUCAUCAAGAUGUGAACAGUCUGAACCCAUUGUUGAUGAACACAGAUGAUGAUGAGGUGAACAGUCAGGUUCACAAACUCUUGUUACGACUAGGAAUUAAACAGUUGUGCCCCUUUGAUGUGAUUAAUUAUCAUAUGUUACCUGUGCUGAGGACGAAUGCACUGGAGACGAAAUCAGCUGAAACACUAGUUGCAUAUCUGGUAUACAUCAAAGAACAAACAGAGAAACAGUCGUCUGUCUGCAACCUUGAGGAGAUCAAGGACGUUGCCAUGGUGAAGACCAAUCAGGGCUUCAAAAUCCCGGCAAAGGAACCAGUCCAUUUUUCACCAAAAUACGGAAACCCAGUCAACUUACAGGAAACAUUUUUUGGAUAUGAUUGGACACUGUUAGAUGAUUGCUAUUUGCCAGAGGCGUGUUCACAACCAGUUCGUGCUGGUUGGAUGGACUUUUUUAAGAAGCUAGGAGUGGAAGAGUUCUUGUCUAUUAGACAGACAGAAAUUAAACUCAAAAGGGAAGAACUGAUUGAUUCACCAUGGAGUGAGGAGAGCACAUCAUGGCAAGUCGAAAAGUCCGAGUUUAUUAUACAUGAUUAUCAGUGUGCGGAGCUUGAGGGUCUAAUUACACGGAACCAGGCCACCAGCAGGGAAGAUUAUGCCAAGCAGAUGAGAAGUUUGUGUACGUACCUGGACAAAAACUGGGAAAAUAAUUUAUCUAAGUAUUGUUUGACCCAUGUUCAUGAUAAAGAUGGAAUUCCUAUUAAAGAAAUAGAUACUUCAUUCAGUAGUUUGCUGAAAACUGCAUCAUGGUUGCGGCGAUCCAAACAGAUACAACUUAUGAUAUAGUGGAAAA